AUGUACAGCGCCCGGACGGAGUUCAAAGCAGCAGGAGGCAUAAACUUCCUUUACAAAGGCGCAUCCGACACCCGGAAAGCGCAUGAAGAGGAGGCCAUCCGGCGCAUCUCAGAGUCCUUCCCGCAACUGCUGGAGGUGCGAACAGGCAGCCGCCGUCGCAAGACAGCCCAGGCCCAGAACUUCAUGUUCCGGAGCUUUGGCCAUAGCCCCAUCUUGUCCAAUGGGGUGCCGGUACCAUGCGCUGCACUGCUCCUCACCUUGAGACUUAGGGUUUAG